AAAAAGGAGAAAAGGAGAAAAUUGAAGUAGUGAGGAAAGUGAGGGGAGAUAUAGAGGGGCGGAAGGUGACGGCAGGAGGCGUGGCUGCAGAGGAAAAGAGAGAAAACUGGAUGCUACCCACACCCUGAGAUGCUGUGCUGGCUGAGGGAGGACGAGAUGUCGGUUCAGGAGCUGCUACAACGAGUGCAGUGUGUCAUCACACAUGUCGAUGAGAUCAUGCAGCAGGAGAUCAGGCCCCUGGUGGCUGUGGACAUCAUAGAGCAACUUCACCGCCAGUUUGCCUUGCUAUCAGGAGGGAGAGGGAAAGAUGGUGCCCCCAUCAUCAUUUUCCCAGAGUAUUCAGGCUUCAGUGAAGUGCCAGAGGAAGAUUUCCUCAAUGUCGUUACUUACCUGACCAGUAUCCCCAGCUUGGAUGCAGCCAGCAUCGGCUUCAUCAUCAUCAUCGACCGGCGAAAGGACAAAUGGAGCUCAGUGAAGGCCUCGUUAUCCAGGAUCGCUGGAGCAUUUCCAGGAAAUCUUCAGCUGGUGUUGGUUCUGCGGCCGUCCAGGUUCUUCCAGAGGGCAAUAGCGGACAUUGGGAUAAAGCUGCACAAGGAUGACUUUAAGAUGAAGAUUGUGAUGCUGAACUCUCUGUCGGACCUUCAUGGCUAUGUGGAUAAGAGCCAGCUGACCCGGGAAUUAGGAGGAAGCCUGGAAUACUGCCACAGUCAGUGGAUACACCAUCGAACUGCCAUAGAAAACUUUGCCUUGACAGUGAAAACCACGGCCCAGAUGCUGCAGAGGUUUGGGACGGACCUGUCAGAGACAGAACUUCCCAAUGACGUCCAGAGCACCAAAGACCUCCUCACAGCCCACACCGUCAAACACGACAACCUCAAGGAUGAAUUGAAGCUAGCGCUAAGGCAAGGUACCACCUUGUUUGGCUGCAUGAAGGAUCAGACAACCAGGUCAGAGAACCACGAACUCAGCCCAGAUGAGAUGGAGAACCAAACCACGGUGGAAAGGCUCCUGGCACAGCUAGAUGAGACAGACAAUGCUUUUGAGCAGUUCUGGUGUAAGCACCACCUGAAACUGGAGCAGUGCCUGCAGUUACGCCACUUCGAACAAGACUUCAGAGAGGUCAAGGUGUCUCUUGACAGUUUGAUUGACUCUCUAACCAGCCUAUCAGAAACAGGGGAUUGUGUUGCCAGAAUUGAACAGCUGCUGAAGGAACUGAAAAUACUGGAGGAGAAGGCUCAGUCAGCACUAGAGAAGUCCCAGCUUCAUGCGCUGCACGGUGACCAGCUGAUCCAGAGCAACCACUACGCUGUGGACUCCAUUCGACCCAAAUGUGUGGAGCUCCGGAGGGUCUGCGAUGACUUCAGCAACGAAGCUAAGAAAAAGACAGACGUCUUGUCAAAGUCCUUGCAGAUACACAUGGGCAUUGACAAGGUUAACCAGUGGUGUGAGUCUGGCAUUUACCUGCUGGCAUCCCAAGCUGUAGAUAAAUGUCAGUCACAGGAAGGGGCGGAGUCAGCUCUGAUUGACAUCGAGCACUUUCUGGAGUCAGCAGAAAAGGACCAGCUGACAGAGCUGAGGAACCUCCAUAACCAGUAUGAGCUUGUCCUGUCAGACAUUAUAAAGAGCAGCGUCCUGAAGGCCCUAAAACGACUGGAGGACGUCAAAGAGAUGUUUGAGAAGCGACAUGUUAGUCUGAAGAGACUUUCAGCAAAACAGACAAGGCCCAUUCAACCGGUCGCUCCACGGCCAGAGUCGUCUCCCAAACGGCCUUCAGCGAAGAACCCCCCCAGGAACACUGGCGGCCAGCAGCCUCUUGCACGCAGAGCUUCUGAUAACUCCAACAGUGGAAGGCAGCCAUCUGAAGCUGAUCCCAACAAGAAGAAGAACAUCAGCAAGGCCAAGGGAGGCAUCAAGAUUGAGGUGAUGCACGAGGAGAGCCAGGGAGGCUCCACCCAUGUCGUUGUGUCAAACGAGACCGAGGAGAGUCUGUCCAACAGGCGCAGACACAUCAUGACUGAGCUAAUUGAAACAGAGAGGAUAUAUGUGGACGAGCUGCAAAGCAUAAUGGAGGGUUAUUUUGCUGAGCUGAAUAACUCAGAGCUCAGCCACCUCAUCCCCCCAUCACUGGAGAACAAAAGGGAUGUGCUGUUUGGAAACCUGCCGGAUAUUUAUGAGUUUCACAACAAGACAUUUCGAAUGGAGCUGGAAAACUGUGCAGAGAAACCAGAACUGGUGGGAACCUGUUUUCUGAAAAGAAAAGAAGAGCUUCAGGUGUAUGAAAAGUACUGCCAAAAUAAGCCUCGCUCAGAAGUGCUGUGGAGACAGUGUGGAGACAGCCUUUUCUUUCAGGAAUGUCAAAAGAAACUAGACCAUAAAUUGUCUCUGGAUGCCUACCUGUUGAAGCCUGUUCAGAGGAUCACCAAAUACCAACUCAUGCUGAAGGAGAUGUUAAAAUGCAGUAAGGGUGAAGGGAUGGCUGAGCUGGAGGAGGCUUUAGGCACCAUGCUGGACAUCAUCAAGUCUGUCAAUGACUCCAUGCAUCAAAUAGCCAUCACUGGUUUUCAGGGAAACCUGAGUGAACUCGGAAAGCUGCUGAUGCAGGGAUCCUUUAACGUGUGGACUGACCACAAGAGAGGCCACAGCAAGGUUAAGGACCUGGCCAGAUUUAAGCCCAUGCAGAGGCACCUGUUUCUGUACGACAAGAUGCUGCUUUUCUGUAAGAAACGAGAGGAAACCGCAGAGGGCCACGAGAAGACUCCAACCUACAGCUUCAAACACUCUCUCAAGAUGAGUGCUGUGGGGAUAACGGAGAAUGUCAAAGGUGACAACAAAAAGUUUGAGGUGUGGUACAACGCCAGAGAAGAAGUUUACAUCAUCCAGGCUCCCUCCAUAGAUGUGAAAAAUAUGUGGGUGUCAGAGAUCCGUAAAGUUCUCACCGGCCAGUUACAAGCCUGCAGAGAAGCCAGCCAGCUCAUAAGGGCGCCUAUAAGGAAUAUUAACAAGAUGGCACUGAGGCAGUCUGAUUCAUCGAGUCCAGAGUCUGGUUUCAGGAGGACCAACCCCAUUUCCAGCCAAAAGAGAGUCGAUGCUUCAGGCAACUCUGCAGCUAAUGCUAGGAAGCAUUUUACCUUACAAGGACUUUCUAACAGGAGGAGUCUUCCAGCAGAUCCUGCUGCUAAGGAGGCAGACAUUCCCCGUCGCUUCUCGCUUACCUCCUCUCUUGCUUCCUCAUCCUCUUCUUUUGCCACGAGACGCACAAAAGGUCUUUCUGCUAGCAUUAAGAACAAGAGACAUGGGAUAAAGAGUGAUCCCACUCCAUUUGGUUAUGAAGAUACUUUGCGUGGCGCAGCUACAGCCCGGAAACGCGACAGCAUGACCUGCAGCACUGCUGCCGGCAGCACCACGGCCGUCCCCAGAUCCACAUCCCAACCAGGCUGGACCCAGAAACGUCUUCCUUCCAUGGACACAGAGGACUUUGAGACAAUUCCCUCCAGCGCAGAAGAGUCCCAAAACUCUUCAGAGGAGGAAGGCAACAAUAAAAACGGUGACAGCAGCCGCUACAGGGUGCAGAUGACCUAUGCAUCUUGUGAAGUAAGGGACCUCUCUCUGGGGACUGGUGACCUGGUCCAGUUCCUGGAGGAAGCAGAAAAUGGAAACUGAGACCUUCAACGAUCCCAAAACCCUCCGACUCAGAAGAAAAGAAGCCAGUAAAUGUGAUGAUACGUCUCAGGACAGUAAAUAAACAUGGCAGACGUUCUUGGUCAUGUGACUCAAAACUGAGUUUGGUGGCUCUAAAUGUGGAUGAGAGCUGUAGACUCAGUUUUUUUUUAUCGUGGUUCUUAUUGGUGGACUACAAACAUGGCUUUGAGUUGCAGAUUUUCAUGCCUGACUCUUGUUUCUCAGCAAGGACUCUGGAAAAAGCUGCAGCUUCUACAGACUUGAACACAACAGAUGUUUAGCAGCUGUUAUACAGAACAGAUGCACGGAUGCAGAUACAGGAACUUUACAUUCAGAACUGAAUACAUUCACAUGUACAACUUUUCUCUGAUCUGGAUAGUUGGGGGAAUGAUGUUAGCAGAAUUCUUUCAGAUCAGGUCUUUGGCCUUGUUUCAUUUUAUUAGAAGUAAAAAAUAAAACGUGCUUCUGGACAGAUCUGUACAUGGUCAUGUUGACAUGUUAAAACAUCUGUGGCUAGAUGGUCCAAAAAUCUCCAGAGUUAUCUACAGUUAUUCCUGAUGAAUAAUGUGAAUGUUACCUGACAGAAAACAGCCCACGGAAGCACAGUUUACAGGUGAACGUACCUGUGACACAUUUCCUGGUGAAACAUGUCAGCUGUGUCAUCUUUAAAGGCUGAAUACAAACAUCUCGUAGUAACAGCAGUUUCCACAAGUUUCAUUUCUCACUCCCAGUAAACCGCUCACAUCUGGAUUACAUCAGAUGUACGGGCUCCUCAGAAGGUUCUCAAACCCUUUUCCUUUUCGCACACUUCCAUGUUUUGAUGUUAAAUUCACUUACAAUAAAGUUUCCUGUAGCUGCCAAUGUGCAGAGUUUACGCAGGUGCCAUUCUAUUAGCGUAACACCAUCACUGCAGCAGCUGCAGGCCAUUACUGGUUCUACUUCCUGUAAUAUGUCAGCGCACUGAGGAAACAACUUGAUUAACUUUGUACUGUAUGUGGUGGUAAAACAUAUCCUGUCUGGUAUGCAGGUAUAACCUAACCCAACACUUUUUUUUAGCUUGCAAGAAUGUGGUCGCGUGUCUAAAGUUUGUGGGUUUUUUGUUUGUUUUCUUUCUUCUGCACAAACACAGUUUUGGCUCCAUUUUGUUAAAGUAACGAAAAAUAAAAUAGAGAAAUGUUACUCAUUUUUUAACUCAUUCUGGCUUUGAAUUAUAAAGUCACCUGUUUCUUUGCACAAAGUAUUUUAUAGAUAUAUUUUUUUUAUCUUUGUACUGGUUUGAUUUAAUCCCAGUGAUCUGAUUUUAACCUUUAAAUGUUGAGUUGAUUCUGGAUAUUCCAGCUUUCAUCUGUAUGCCGUCGUUAUUCCCAUCAUUUUAUUCAUGACAUUCUGAUUUUAUUCUAACAAACUGAUUUCACUCACAAAAUCAUGAAAACAUGAAAAAAAACUGUUCUUUUUCCUUCAGCUGGCCCUAAGACUCAGUUACAGCAAAGAGUUUGAAGGUUUGAUCUGUCUGCAUUCAUUAUUAGAGCCAUUAUUUAACUUUUCAUUCUGCGUUAUCAAGUGUAGCUUAUUGGAAAUUAUGGCAGUUUUAUUUAAUUAUUUAAAAUAAAAUCUACUUCUGGUGUACCCUGCCUCUCACCCGGUAGCAGCUGGGAUAGGCUCCAGGCUGCACCGUCCAUCCAAGGCUGCACUUUCUGAGCAGUUCUGUGCUCAUCUGUACAGACUGUAAAAUGACUCAGCAGAAAGACUUUUGGAGGUCAGAGAUCUAGCGAUAUGGUCUGUUUUCUACAUGGAAGGAAUCAGAAAGUCUAUGAUGAUUGCUACUAAUCGCUUUUGUCACUGAGGGGAAUAAUCCAGCAUUUUUUUUUAGUCAGCACUUUUUUCCUUCUUAACAUCUGGGUGCAUUUUCCAAGUCUGCACAGCUGGUUGCUCCAGUUUUCUGCAUGCCAGACAGAAUAUUAUGCUGCCUGUUUGCAGAACUGGAUUUUCCAGAAGCAGCUUUCUUUUCUAUCCAGAAACAAGUUGAUGAUCGUGGUGAGACCUGCGAGUACAGGGAGGUCGUAACACCAGAAAUCAUGAUAAGCUAAACAAUCCAGCUGAGCUAAACUGCUGAGUCACAGCAAUAACCCCGGUUUCAAUAUUUGAAAAUAUGUUAAUUCAAUGCGGCAAACUUAAUAAAGUUCCCAUUUAGGGGUUAAUUAAGUAUUAUUCUGUUAAAAGUCUGUUCUGUAAAGUGCAAUCUGUUAGACGUAAUUGGCCCAUUUGACAUAUACUAACUAAGACAUUUAAUAUUCAUGUUUUAAAGUCAGAUUAUUGUCCAUUAAUAAUCAAAUCAUUUCCAAAAGGAACUACUCAUGAGAAAUAAACCAUUUGUGUUAUUAUUUACACAGCACACAAAAGAAGGCCCAUUCUGAAGGAAAUGAAUCCUUUCUGUUUCAGGAAACAGAAGUAUAACCACGAUUUGUUCUCUUUCUUCACAUAAGCAAUCAUGGGAGCAUUUACGCUCGUUUUUGUUACGUGUAAAUUAAUAUCAGUAUAAGUUUAAUACUGAAUCGCGAGUUUUACGUCAAACUGCUGUAUUUUUGGCCACCGUCACAGAUUUCUGUGGAUUUCUAUCACUGACAGAGCAGCGCUGUAUGUAAAUAGCUUCAGGAUAUUAGAUUUCUUUUAUUUCAAGUUUGCAUGUGAGAUACCUAAAACGGAAAGAAGAAACCAGAAAGUAUGAAAACGUGAAGUAUUCACCUGCUACUGUAAGAAUCCUACAAUAACUCAGACCUUCACAUGGAUGGAUGGAUGGAUGGAUGGAUGGAUGGAUGGAUGGAUGGAUGGACUGGUGGGCUGGGAGGGAGUAGAUGGAUAAUAAACAGGCUGAUGGUUGCUAGAAGGGUGGAUGACAGAUGGAUAUUUUGACACUGUAUUAACACUCAUGAGAAAGGAUAUAUAUAUAUAUUCAGAUUAGAAAUAAAUAGUCUUAAAUGUGAUUUAUAUUUUAUUUGUCCAAUGUUAAACUAAAAUGUAUAUUUGUAAUGAGAACAUUCUGUUCUGUAUCAUCUGCAAGUUAAUGGCUAUUCAACCACAUUAUUGAAUGUAUCUGGUUUGUAUAUUGUUUCUGCCAUCAUGAUGUACAUAAUGCUUUAUUGUAAUUAUACCGUCUGCAUUUACGAUAUGAAUGUCAUCACUGAUUCUUUUGUAUUUAUAGACUUUUCUAUCUUUCCAAACGUAAGGAUACCGGCAAACAUAAUGACAUGUGACAUGCUAAUAACACGAUAAAUAAAAGCCAACUAGUUGAUCUUU